AUGCACAUGCUGCUUAGUGUCACUCUAAUGCAUGACGCCCAUCUUGCGAAUCCUUCGGCAGUUGCCUCCAAAAGCAGCCAGGAGGCUCUCAGGCACUGGAACACGGCUUCAAAACUCUUCAAUGAGAUUCUUUCUCGACCGAUUCCACCUUCUUAUCAAGAUGCCAUUUGGACAACUGGAGUCUUUCUGGGUGCCGCAUCAUUCUGGUCCAUUGGCUCCACCAACCCGUACGAAGUAUGGCCGCUAAAACCGGCAGAGCCGGAUGAUCUAUCGUGGCUGAAAGUUGGUGAAGGCAAGAAGCACCUCUGGCGUCUGGCGCAACCGAAAAGACCAGAUGGUAUCUUCUACGAGCUCGUCAAAAAUUACAACUGUCACAGUGUGCCAGAGUGGAUGGCCAUGGACUCUGAACUACAUAUCUCUGAUCGCAUGAAGAGGAUCUUCGACAUCACAGCUUCAUCAGAUGAACACGACAACAUCUACUACCGGCCAAUACUUACCCUCUCAAAGUGUCCAAACAUCCAGCUGACCUACGAGAACGCGCUGAAGUUUCUUUACAUCCUGGCGGUCCUUACGCCAGACUUCUUUGCGCUGCUGGAAGCAAAAGACGUGAGAGCUGUAUUUAUCAUGGGAUGGUGGUACAUGCUAUUGAGGACCGGAGAUCUGUGGUGGAUGAGUCGGAGAGCAAGAGUCGAAGGGCUUGCCAUUCGGAUCUGGCUGGGGAGACAGCAGGGCGGAGAAGAGCUCGUGUAUCUGCUAGAUGAGAUUGAGAAACAUUCAGAGUUAGACGACCAUGCGGCGCCAUGGUUCUUCGAGGCGUGA